AUGUUCUUGUCGGAAGAAGCUUCCAAUAUAGCGCACAAUACUGCCCCAGUAUAUGAAGAUGAUGUAGAGGAUUUGCAACUUCCUGCGACUUUCCAAUGGGGUGCUGCAACCGCUGCAUAUCAGGUGGAAGGUGCGGUCGCUACUGACGGCAGAGGAAAAACAAUCUGGGACGAGUUUUCUCAUCUCCAACCCACCCGUACGAACGGCGAAAAUGGUGAUGUGGCAUGCGACCAUUACAAUCGGAUGCAAGACGAUGUCGACCUUCUGAGGUCCUAUGGAGUCGAUUGCUAUCGCUUUUCGAUCUGCUGGUCACGUAUCAUUCCCUUGGGAGGUCGCGAUGACGCUAUCAACCCUGCUGGCAUCGCCUUCUACAACAAUCUGAUUGACUCUUUGAUCGCUAGAGGCAUCAAACCCGUCGUCACGCUUUAUCACUGGGACUUACCACUGGCACUGCAAGAGAGAUAUGGCGGGAUGUUGGAUACCGCUGAGUUCCAGGCCGAUUUCGUACAUUACGCAAGACUCUGCUUCCACUACUUUGGCGACCGUGUACAGCAGUGGAUUACGUUCAACGAGCCUUUCAUAAUAUCGGUCUAUGGAUUCCAGAGCGGUGUUCUUGCUCCCGGUCACAGCACGAAAAACGGCAAUGACUCGUCGACUGAGCCAUUCAGGGUCGGUCACAGCAUUAUUCUGGCUCAUGCAGCAGCAGUCGAGCUAUACAUGCGAGACUUCCACUCUAUGCAGAAAGGUUCAAUUUCUAUCGUUCUGAACGGCGAUUACUACGAACCAUACGAUGCACAAAACGCCGCGGAUGUCGCAGCCGCGCAACGCAGGAUGGAGUUCUACAUCGGCUGGUUCGCGGAUCCGGUAUAUCUUGGGUCCGACUAUCCCGCAUGUAUGAGGGAACAGCUAGGACCAAGGCUACCAAAGUUCUCGCCCGAGGAGCAUGCUCUGCUGGCCCGAACCGCACAAUUCAAUACCUUCUACGGCAUGAAUCACUACACAUCGCAGUUUGCACGGGGUAGAACCACUCCACCAAGUGCCGACGACUACACCGGCAACGUCGAAGAACUGCCGUACAACAGCGAAGGUAAGGAGAUUGGUCCGGUUUCAGGAGUUGCAUGGCUGCGCGUCACACCACUGCAAUUCCGCAAACUGCUCAACUGGAUCUGGAAGCGUUUUUCAAGAACCAUCUUCGUGACUGAGAAUGGUUGUCCUUGUCCUGGUGAACAUGAUAUGGAUGUCGAUCAAGCCGUAAAUGAUCACUUCCGUAUUCGAUACUUUGGCCUGUAUCUGGACGCCAUUGCAUGUGCAAUCGCAGAGGAUGGUGUCGACAUUGGAGGGUACUAUGCUUGGUCUCUGAUGGACAACUUUGGUAUGUUUGUUCAAGCUGUUCCGAUAUCGAACCUUAUAUUAACAGUUUGUUGCNNAGAAUGGUCAGCAGGCUAUGAUAUCCGUUUCGGCAUUACACACGUGGAUUUUGCUACACAAGCUCGUACGCCCAAGAAGUCGGCUAUGUAUCUGCGACGCACAUUUGAACAGAGAAGAGGCAUAACCACACAAGACAAGUUGGAGAAAUUUGACAACAUCGUAAAGACUAAAGCUGUCGUGGUGAACGUGGAGGACCUGGCAUGUGCUGGUAUUCAAGAGGUUGUCAUUUGA